GCGGGCGGUACAGAGACACACAGCCCUACCUGCACACACCGACAGCGGGGAGCAGGGCAGCCAUGGCAGCCAACAUGUACCGGGUCGGAGAUUAUGUUUACUUUGAAAACUCCUCCAGUAACCCACUGCUCAUCAGGAGAAUAGAGGAACUCAACAAGACGGCGAACGGGAACGUGGAAGCCAAAGUGGUUUGUUUCUACAGACGCAGAGACAUCUCCACCACACUUGUUGCCCUGGCAGACAAACAUGCACGAGAGCUGGAGGAGGAGAUGGAGAACCCUGAGAUGGUGGACCUGCCGGAAAAACAGAAACACCAGCUCAGACACAGAGAGCUUUUCCUUUCCAGACAGUUGGAGUCUCUGCCUGCUACACACAUCAGAGGAAAAUGCUGUGUGACGCUUCUCAAUGAAACAGAAACACUCAUGUCCUACCUUGACAGAGAGGAUGCAUUUUUCUACUCUUUGGUGUACGACCCUCAGCAGAAAACUCUCCUCGCUGAUAAGGGAGAGAUCAGAGUGGGGAAUAAGUACCAGGCAGAGAUCACUGACCUCCUCAAAGAGGGAGAGGAUGAUGACAGAGAACAGGCCAAACUGGAGGAGAAAGUGUGGGAUCCAAACAGCCCUCUCACAGAAAAACAGAUCGACCAGUUCCUAGUAGUGGCUCGGUCUGUGGGAACAUUUGCACGGGCUCUCGACUGCAGCAGUUCAGUACGGCAGCCCAGUCUACACAUGAGCGCUGCGGCUGCCUCCAGAGACAUCACCCUGUUUCAUGCCAUGGACACAUUGCACAAGAACGGAUAUGACAUGACACGGGCCAUCGCUGCUCUGGUGCCGCAGGGCGGCCCUGUGCUCUGCCGAGACGAGAUGGAGGAGUGGAGCGCGUCAGAGGCUAACCUCUUCGAGGAGGCCCUUGAGAAAUACGGCAAAGACUUCACUGACAUUCAGCAAGACUUUCUUCCCUGGAAGUCCCUGACCAGCAUAAUUGAGUAUUACUACAUGUGGAAAACCACAGACAGAUACGUUCAGCAGAAAAGGUUAAAAGCAGCAGAAGCAGAAAGCAAGCUAAAGCAGGUCUACAUCCCUAACUAUAACAAGCCCAAUCCAAACCAGCUUGGAGUGAACAAUGUAAAACCAGGGCUGGUGAACGGUGCGGCAGCAGCAGCAGCAACAGCAGCAGCAACAGCAGCAGCAGCAGCAGCAGCAGCAGCAGCCGCAGCCGCAGCAUUGCCGGGGGCAACCAGUCAACCUGCAGUACUGGGCCGAGCCUGCGAGAGCUGCUACACCACUAGCUCAUAUCAGUGGUAUUCAUGGGGACCUUCUAACAUGCAGUGCAGGCUGUGUGCCUCCUGCUGGACCUACUGGAAAAAAUAUGGCGGACUGAAAAUGCCCACAAGACUGGAUGGAGAGCGACCUGGACCCAACCGCAACAUGAGUUCUCAUGGUGUACCCGCAAGACACAGUGGGAGUCCGAAGUUUGCAGUGAAGACCAAGCAAGCGUUCUACCUGCAGACCACUCAGCUGACGCGGAUGGCUCGGCGUGUCUGCCAAGACCUGCUCAGAUCUCGUUACCUGGCCCGACACCCUUACAUACCGGUCAACACAGCAGCCAUCAAAGCAGAGUGUGCUGUGCGGCUGCCAGACACGUCCAAAAAGCUCGUAUCUUUAAAGCAAGCUAUCCGAAAGCCUCUGGAGUCUGUGGUUAGAUAUCUGGAAGCCCAUCCAUGCCCUCCUAAACCAGAGCCCCCACGAGGAGCCUCCAUCUCAACAGCCAGCCUGACUCCCAUCAAGUCCUCCCCCAUCCUAAACAACGGCUCGCCCACCAUUCUAGGCAAACGCACCUACGAGCAGCAUAAUGGUCUUGACGGAUCGAAAGCGAAGGUGCUGGCUUCUCAGUGGGACAUUAUGUCCAAGCGAAUCCCAGAGCAAGGACGCCCCCCCUCUGCUAUUCAGGACAAUGAGGUUCAUGAACUUGACUGACCCCCUCCUGUGGCUCUGCCUGCCAUCCUAGCAGAGAGGACAGGUGAUUGGGGAGCUACUUUUUUCCACUCUCAGCGAUAAAAGGACCUAGAAGAGGAUCAUUACACUUUGUUGGAGCUGUUGGUUUUCAAGCUUUGGCCAAUGAUUGAACAGACUUGACUGUAUAGGACUGCAUUUAAUAAUUACCAUAUAUUAAUAAUUGUUUAUUGUUGUUAUUAUUACAAGUCCUGUUAUUUUUUUAACCAAAUGUAAUCAUUCAUUUUUAGUUAUAUAUAUAAAAAACAAGUUGUUUCUUGACACGGCUUGCUUCAGAGCCCUGAGAGGGUUUAAACAUGGACAGACAGUCUUAUGGUUUCAUUACUUUCAUUCACUUGCUUAAAAAAAGAUGACCAUUAGUGUCCGUUCUACCUUUUGGAUUCUGAAAAUUUUUGUUUUGAUUAUUGACAUUCUUUGGUCCGUCCAACCCUAACCAUGCAGACAGUUAACUUAUUGAGGCAGAUAAUGAAAUGAGCUCUUUUUCUACUUUUUUCCACAAGUAUUGCAUCUUUGCUUCUAUUGUGUAAUUAAAAAGUCGUUUCUCUUUUGUGAAUAUGUAAAUGAACCCAUUAGGGAGGUAUUAUUGUACAGUGGUGCAUUUUGGGCCUCCACUGUUUAUCAAUGCUUGUUAUAAGGGAUUUGCCAUGUACAGCAUAUUCUUUUUGUAAGGAAACUCUUGGAAGGUAAAAAAGAAAAUGCUCCAUAAAUACAAUGCACCUUCUUAAAAAUGAUACUGUA